UAUUAUUAUUAUUAUUACUCCGGGGGAAAUAUUUUGUUCCAAGAGGCGAACAUAACCUUAAAAUCUCAUCGAAAAAUAAACACGUCUGAAGUUAACCGCGCUCACGACAAUUAAUUUCUGCCAUGUAGUUUCUAUCCUUUCUAUGUAGUUUUGUAGUUUGUGUUUAUUUGUUUGUUAUACUUUUGUUAUUUUUUAUUUAUUUAUUAUUUUGUGUUUUAUUUGUUUUGUUUAUAUAGCUAAAUUAAAAAAUACGCUUAACAAAUGGAAGUGAAUAGUGCAAAUUUAAUGACGGAAUUUAAACAUAAUGAAUCCCUUGAUUUUACUGUUUUGAGUAAAUUGAAAAAUAUCAAGACAAAUAUGGAAACACUGAAUAAACUAAAAAAUCAUUUUCGCCAUAAAAUUAAUUCAAAAAGAGCCUAUGAACGAAUUCAUAGAUUCGACGAACUUUACAAAGUUUUAAAGAAAAGGAAUAUUAUUUCUCAUGGUAAAAUAAAAGUUUUCCUCGACGCUAUUAAUAAUUAUGAUGGAUCGUCACAAUCACAAUCACGGAUUUUUAAUUUAGAACAAGAAUUCUUGAAUUUGGUUGUUUCUAAUGUACCCACUGAUGCCGCUUCAGGAUUAUCCCUAAAAUAUGAGAGUUUAGAAAAUAAUUCACAAAAUUGUAGAAAGAAUUCUCAGUCAUGUUCGAAUUGUGAGAAUAGAAAUUUAGACGAUUUAAAGAAACAAGUAAUGAUGAGAAUCAGCGAACGAAUAGGAAAUAAGUGGAGAAAUUUGGCCAGGUACUUAGACAUUACAGAAUCAGUAAUCGACGGAAUUGAAUUUAGAUAUUCGGAUUCAAACGAAAAGGCUUACCAGAUUCUAAGAAUAUCUCAAGGACAAAAUGCCUUCGAAAAAUGGUUAAAAAAAUUGAAGACUGCACUAAUUGAAGUCAGAAGAAGAGAUCUCGCUGAUUGGAUAAAUGAUGAAAUUGAGAAAAAUUAAUUUAAUUCCAACUCGUGAUAGAAAAACAAAUUUGUACCUAAAUUUUUAUAAUGUAAUUAUUUUUUUUUAUUAUUAUAUAAACGUUAAUAUAUGAACA